CACAGUACAACAAAAGUCAAAGGAACACAAAAACAGAAGAAAAGAAGGUAAAGUGAACCUUCAUUCCCUUUUCCUCUUUGUUUUUUUCCUUCACACAAAAAACACCAUUAACAAACAAUAACCAAACACAUUCCAAUUUCCAAGUUCCAACCUUUCAGUUUCACCUUCAUUUUUUGUAUCCAUCAGAAAAAGACAUAACUGUCUCUGUUUCUUUCUGUGUUGCCACAUCACUCUCACACAUCAAACUUUUCAUUUUUCAUCAAAUCAAAAACACCCCAUUAAUAAAGUUUUCAUUUUUAGUCAAAUCAAAAACACCCCAUUAAUUUUUGUUUUUUUUGGUUAUUUAUUGACCCAAUUGUUUUGCUUAGAAGAUUUUUUCAUCAGAAAGAUGGGAAAUUCUUUUGGUUGUUCAGCUUCUGGUGAGAGGUUGGUAUCUGCAGCAAGAGAUGGUGAUUUGGUUGAAGCAAAGAUGCUUUUGGAAUUCAAUCCUUGUCUUGCAAAAUACUCAACUUUUGGUGGUCUUAAUUCACCUCUUCAUUUUGCAGCUUCUAAGGGUCAUAACGAGAUUGUGGCAUUGUUGCUUGAAAAAGGAGCUGAUGUGAAUUCAAGGAACUAUUGUGGGCAGACAGCUUUGAUGCAAGCUUGUAGACAUGGUUAUUGGGAAGUUGUACAAACCCUUAUGCUGUACAGAUGUAAUGUUAUGAAAGCAGAUUAUCUAAGUGGGAGGACAGCUCUUCACUUUGCAGCUGUCAGUGGGCAUGUAAGAUGCAUUAGACUUGUGGUGGCUGACUUGGUCCCAAGUGCUCCUUAUGAAACUCUACAUGCUCGUGUGGAUGCUGAUGUUGGUGAUGGAUCAAAUACAAAAAGAAAAAACGAACAAAGUGAAUUGUCCAAGUUUGUAAACAAGACAGCAGAUGCAGGUAUUACUGCACUUCAUAUGGCUGCGUUGAACGGGUACUUCGAUUGUGUACAACUGCUACUUGAUCUUAAUGCAAAUGCAUCAGCUGCAACAUAUCAUUAUGGAACAUCAAUGGAUUUAAUAGGGGCUGGAAGCACUCCAUUGCAUUAUGCUGCGUGUGGCGGAAAUUUAAAAUGCUGUCAGAUCCUCCUUUCAAAAGGUGCAACUCGGAUGGCUUUGAACUGCAAUGGGUGGCUUCCACUUGAUGUGGCUAGGAUGUGGGGGCGUCACUGGCUUGAACCAUUGCUGGCACCGAGUUCUGAUACCAUCGUAUCAUCAUUCCCUACUUCAAAUUAUUUGUUGUUGCCCCUCAUGAGUGUGCUCAACAUAGCCAGGGAAUAUGGAUUGCAUUCUCCUACGACCUCAUCCAAUGAGAUCGACUUCUGUGCUGUCUGCCUGGAGAGGCCAUGUACAGUGGCUGCAGAAGGAUGCAUGCAUGAGCUUUGUGUAAGAUGUGCACUCUACCUUUGCUCUACAGCCAAUGUUUCUUCUGAAAUGCAUGGCCCUCCUGGUUCUGUCCCUUGUCCCCUUUGUCGACAUGGAAUUAUCUCUUUCGUCAAGUUACCAAGUUUCCAACCAAAAGAAAAUAAAUUGCAUGCGUCUCUCAGCAUGUGUACACCAUGCAUACAACAUCCACGUGACAUAGAUCAAUCCUCUUUUUCUCAUAAUACAUCGGAAAUUCGAAAAAACCGGGUUGCUUCUGUUUCUUCCGAGAUGCUUUGCCCUGUCACCUGUACACCAUUUCCAUCUGUAGCGAUUCCUUUAUGUACUUGCAAUGAUGGUCCUUGUCCGCCAUUUGAACCUGGUGAAGAUGAAACACAAGAUGAAUCACCUCGUCACUCACAAGCUUCGACAACAGAUCAAGAUAAAAUGGAAGGACCAAAACUGGUGAAAAAAACAUGUUCAAAUAUGUUUUGGGGUAGAAGAAGUUGCAGCAGGGAGAACCAAUGUAAUUCAGAAAUAAAUGCAUGAUUGAUUCAAUAGGCAAGGACUUAAAACAUAUUUAACUCUUCUCAUCAUGUGUGGAUGCAGUUUACCGUCUUAGAUCAACAAUGUGAAGUCCACAGUUGUCUUAUUAUGCAACCUCAAAUAGUGAAAUCUAGUGGAUGCAUAUAGCAAGAAGAAAUCAAGCUUCUUUGCUUCUGUUUUACUGCAAAGUCUGCAUACUUGGUGAAAGAUAAUAUUCUUGCGUUUCAGCAUUCCUCUUUUUUAUUUAUCAGUUAUGAUAUUUAGAGAGGGUUUGUACAAUUAGUCGUUAUUGCAAUUGGAUUUUAUUUUGCAAUAUAAAAGAUAGUUUUUAGGUGGUGACUGGGUGAAUGCAAAAACUAAAGUACCUUUCUUUUUUAGCAUAUUUAUCAGAUUAGUAGGAGGUUCUGUAUAUUUUGUUUAUCAUGAAUUUUCAUAGGUUUAUAAAGAACAAAUUUGAGUACUAAAUUGUUGUGUUUAUGAGUUUUUCCAUACAA